ACCAAUUUGGUAGUACAAAAUAAAGAGGAUUUUUGUGGGCCCAGACAGAGGAUUUAAAACACAAGAAUUUGCAUUUAGUAAGCGCAUAUAUGCUCGGUGCUUUUCUGAAACAAGAGCAUUGAGUUUAUAGAUUUUCCGGCGAUCGUGAAAUAUUUUCUGGUGAUCAAUUCAAUGGUGGUACUAAGCACGACGGAGCUUCCUCCGGACUAUGUGUCCCUUUCUGAUCUGCGUGAUCGGUGGUUGAAACAACAGAAUGAGAAGAAGCAACGAGAAGAGGAAAAUGCAGGGCAGAAGAGCGGUGGCGAUGAUUCCGGGAAGGGGGUUGUGGAGCUUGCGGGGGAUGGAGGGAAAGUGGGUUUUAGGGGGUUUAGGGAGAGGAGGACUGGGAGAGAUGGAGGGGAUCGGGAGAGAGAUGAGGGGAGAGGAGAGAUGGGUGGGAAGGGAAAUGUGGGGAGGAGGGUAGAGAUGGGUGGCAAGGGCAGGAGGAGUAUAAAGAUUUGGUGGGGUUUUUCGGGGUUUGGGGAGAUGAAGGUUGAUGAGGGAGAGGAUGGUGAUGAUAGAAGUUAUCGUGGGGAGAGAAGGAGGGUUGGGGGUGUCUGGGAGAGAGAUGAGGGAGAUGCAAAGAGGGGAGAGGUUUCGAGGGGUUAUGCGGGGUUUGAGAGAGGUUUAAGGGGGAAUGUGGGUGGUGGUGGGGUGGUGGAGGGUUUUAAGGGGGGUGGGAGUAGGAGGGUUUAUGAGGCGGAGGAUGUUGGUGGGGAUCGGAGGGGGUUUGGAAAAGGUUUGGGAGUUGAGAAGAGAAAUGUGGUGGAUAGUUUCAAGGGGUUUGGAAAGAAGAGAUUUGAUGAGACAGAGGAUGUUGGCGAGGAUUUUAGGAGGUUUGGGAGAGGUUCGGGGCUUGGGAAGGGGGAAAUGGAGGUUGAGAAGGGGAAUGUGAUGGGUGGUGAGGUGAUGAGGGGUUUGAAGGGGUAUGGAAAGAGGAUGGUUGAUGAGGUGGAGGAUGUUGGUGGGGAUCGGAGGAGAUUUGGAAAAGGUUUGGGAGUUGAGAAGAAAAAUGUGGUGGAUGGUUUCAAGGAGCAUGGAAAGAAGAGAUUUGAUGAGACGGAGGAUGUUGGCGAUGAUUUUAGGAGGUUUGGGAGAGGUUCGGGGCCUGGGAAGGGGGAGAAGGAGGUUGAGAAGGGGAAUGUGAUGGGUGGUGAGGUGAUGAGGGGUUUGAAGGGGUAUGGAAAGAGAAUGGUUGAUGAGGUGGAGGAUGUUGGUGGGGAUCGGAGGAGGUUUGGAAAAGGUUUGGGAGUUGAGAAGAGAAAUGUGGUGGAUGGUUUCAAGGGGUAUGGGAAGAAGAGAUUUGAUGAGACGGAGGAUGUUGGCGAGGAUUUUAGGAGGUUUGGGAGAGGUUCGGGGCCUGGGAAGGGGGAGAAGGAGGUUGAGAAGGGGAAUGUGAUGGGUGGUGAGGUGAUAAGGGGUUUGAAGGGGUAUGGAAAGAGAAUGGUUGAUGAGGUGGAGGAUGUUGGUGGGGAUCGGAGGAGGUUUCGAAAAGGUUUAGGGGUUGAGAAGAGAAAUGUGGUGGAUGGUUUUAAGGGGUAUGGAAAGAAGAGAUUUGAUGAGACGGAGGAUGUUGGCACGGAGGAUGUUGGCGAGGAUUUUAGGAGGUUUGGGAGAGGUUCGGGGCCUGGGAAGGGGGAGAAGGAGGUUGAGAAGGGGAAUGUGAUGGGUGGUGAGGUGAUGAGGGGUUUGAAAGGGUAUGGAAAGAGAAUGGUUGAUGAGGUGGAGGAUGUUGGUGGGUAUCGGAGGAGGUCUGGAAGAGGUUUGGGGGUUGAGAAGAGAAAUGUGGUGGAUGGUGAGGUGUUGGAGGGUUUUAAGGGGUAUGGAAAGAGGAGAGUUGAUGAGCCGGAGGAUGUUGGUGAGGAUUGUAGGAGGUUUGGGAGAGGUUCGGGGCCUGGGAAGGGUAAGAAGGAGGUUCAGAAGGGGGAUGUGAUGGGCGGUGAGGUGUAUGGAAAGAGGAGGGUUGAUGAGGUGGACGAUGUUGGUGGGAAUCGUAGGAGGUUCGGAAGAGGUUUGGUGGUUAAUAAGAGAAAUGUGGUGGAUGGUGAGGUGUUGGAGGGUUUCAAGGGGUAUGGAAAGAGGAGGGUUGAUGAGAUGGAGGAUGUUGGUGAGGAUUGUAGGAGGUUUGGGAGAGGUUCGGGGCCCGUGAAGGGGGAGGAGGUUCAGAAGGGGGAUGUGAUGGGUCGUGAGGUGUUGGAGGGUUCAAAGGGGUAUGGAAAGCGGAGGGUUAAUUAUGAAGUGGAUGUUAGGGGGAAAUUUGGAGGUUUGGAGAUGGAUGAUGGUAGGAAGGGGAGUGUGAGGUAUGGCGGGGAUCGCAGGAGGUUUGGAAAAGGUUCAGGGGAUGGGGUUGAGAAGAAAAAUGUGGUGAAUGUGAGGGAGAAAAAUGUGGUGGGCGUUAAGGUACUGGAGAGUUCGAAGGGUAAUGGAAAAUGGGUGAUUGAUGAGGUGGAGCAUGUUGGGAGAAAAUUUGGAGGUUUGGAGCUUAGUAGUGAGAGGGAGGGUAGUGAUAAGUAUGGUGGGGAUCGUAGGAGGUUUGGAUUCGUUUCGGGGGUUUGGAAGGGAAGAAAUGAAUUUCAGAGCGAUGUGAGGGAGGAAAAUGUGGUGAAUGUUAAGAUGCCGGAGGAUUCAAAGGUUUUGGUUGAAAGGCGUCUGAAUGGCAGGAUGAAGGGCAAGUUUGGUAGGGAUCGUCGUAGGUUUGAAAAAGUUUCAAGGGCUACGAAGGGAAAGAAUGUAAUUGAUGUGAGGGAGGAAAGUGAAGUUGUGGAGGGAAAUGUGGUGGAUGUAAGUAAUGAAAAUGUAGUGGAUGGCAAGAUGUCAGAGGUUACUGAGAUUGUGGAUAUUGGGAAAGAAUUCGGAGAUUUGACGAUUAACGGUGGUGGAAGGAAAGGUAAGUUUAAGCCCGGUGGAGAUCAUCGUAGAUUUCGACACCGGAAGAAGAAGAUAUACGUUCCUGUGAGCAAAGGAAAUGAAGUUGAGAAGCCAAUUCCGAUGGCUGUGAAAAAAGAAAAUGAAGUUGAGAAGCCUAUUGCAGUUGCUGCAGGGGGAGAAAAGGUAGAUGUGAAGCCAAUUUCGAUGGCUGUGAUAAAAGAAAAUGAAGGAGAGAAGCCAAUUGCAGCUGCUGUGAGGGGAGAAGAUGAAGUUGAGAAGCCAAUUUUGCUGGCGGUUAGAAAAGAAAAUGAAGUUGAGAAACCUAUUGUGGUUGCUGUGAGUGGAGAAAAUGAAGUUGAGAAGUCAAUUCCUGUGGCUGUGAGAAAAAAAAAUGAAGUUGAGAAGAAUAUCACAGUUGCUGUGAAGGGAGAAAAUGAAGCUGAGAAGCCAAUUGUGGUUGAUGUGAGGGUAGAAAGUGAAGUUGAGAAGCAUUAUCUGGUGGAUGUUAAAGAAGAAAAUGAUGCUGAGAAGCAGAUUCCAGUGGCUGUGAGAGAUGAGAAUGAAGUUGAGAAGCAGAAUCUGUUAAAUGUGAAGAUGUCGGAGACUCUGAAGGGUUUUGGUCAUAGGUGGGGAGAUGAGGCGACUGGGGGGACAUCUGAAGGUAUUCCUCGUAAUGGUUGGAGAAAGGGAAAUAAGUAUGGUAGGAGUCAUGGGAGGUUUGGAUCCUGGAAGAAUAAGCAGACAGAGAGUGGCAUGAUGUGGGUGAAAAAAAUGUGAUGCAGGAGCUGAUAAACAAGCUCAGGUGAAGACGACGGCAUGUCAAGUGGAAUGAUUGUGCACAGAUGAGUUGCAGCAACAUUACAAAGCACCAUUUCACCAUCUCUCGCCAUGUAGAUGUAUAUCGAGCUUGUUCUUUAGGUUUCAUAGUUUCAAUUGUAAACUUUAAAUGCUGUUCUGGAGCUCGGUGCUGAGCCAGUUGUGUCCGAUUAGGUCCUUUCUCUUUUUUUUUCGUCAGUUAAGACUCAGGGUCAUGGGAGACUCUGUAUUGUCUGAUAAACAUAGGCCUUUUUCUGAUGAAAACAGCCCUCUCUGGUAUAAAAGAGAAAAAUAUUUGGUCCCUUUUACAGGACUUACA